AUGGGUGUUGUCCCUCAAGUUAGUGCUCAGUCUGUGCAGAAGAAGAAGGUGGCAGCCGCCUCGUCGAGCUCGGACUCUGAUUCUAGUGAUGACGAGCAGCCAGCGAGUAAGAAGCCUGCGUUGGUGAAAGCGUCUCCGUCUGUGGGUAAGCCUGUUGCCGGUGUGGUUGUUGGUGGUAAGAAGGCUGUUGGGAAGCCGGCGUCGUCGAGUUCGGACUCGGAUUCGAGUGAAGAGGGUGCUGUGGGAUUGGUGAAGAAGCCUGUGGGUGUUGCCGGUAGUGGUGUUAAGUCAGGUAUGGGUGUUGUCCCUCAAGUUAGUGCUCAGUCUGUGCAGAAGAAGAAGGUGGCAGCCGCUUCGUCGAGCUCGGACUCUGAUUCUAGUGAUGACGAGCAGCCAGCGAGUAAGAAGCCUGCGUUGGUGAAAGCGUCUCCGUCUGUGGGUAAGCCUGUUGCCGGUGUGGUUGUUGGUGGUAAGAAGGCUGUUGGGAAGCCGGCGUCGUCGAGUUCGGACUCGGAUUCGAGUGAAGAGGGUGCUGUGGGAUUGGUGAAGAAGCCUGUGGGUGUUGCCGGUAGUGGUGUUAAGUCAGGUAUGGGUGUUGUCCCUCAAGUUAGUGCUCAGUCUGUGCAGAAGAAGAAGGUGGCAGCCGCCUCGUCGAGCUCGGACUCUGAUUCUAGUGAUGACGAGCAGCCAGCGAGUAAGAAGCCUGCGUUGGUGAAAGCGUCUCCGUCUGUGGGUAAGCCUGUUGCCGGUGUGGUUGUUGGUGGUAAGAAGGCUGUUGGGAAGCCGGCGUCGUCGAGUUCGGACUCGGAUUCGAGUGAAGAGGGUGCUGUGGGAUUGGUGAAGAAGCCUGUGGGUGUUGCCGGUAGUGGUGUUAAGUCAGGUAUGGGUGUUGUCCCUCAAGUUAGUGCUCAGUCUGUGCAGAAGAAGAAGGUGGCAGCCGCCUCGUCGAGCUCGGACUCUGAUUCUAGUGAUGACGAGCAGCCAGCGAGUAAGAAGCCUGCGUUGGUGAAAGCGUCUCCGUCUGUGGGUAAGCCUGUUGCCGGUGUGGUUGUUGGUGGUAAGAAGGCUGUUGGGAAGCCGGCGUCGUCGAGUUCGGACUCGGAUUCGAGUGAAGAGGGUGCUGUGGGAUUGGUGAAGAAGCCUGUGGGUGUUGCCGGUAGUGGUGUUAAGUCAGGUAUGGGUGUUGUCCCUCAAGUUAGUGCUCAGUCUGUGCAGAAGAAGAAGGUGGCAGCCGCCUCGUCGAGCUCGGACUCUGAUUCUAGUGAUGACGAGCAGCCAGCGAGUAAGAAGCCUGCGUUGGUGAAAGCGUCUCCGUCUGUGGGUAAGCCUGUUGCCGGUGUGGUUGUUGGUGGUAAGAAGGCUGUUGGGAAGCCGGCGUCGUCGAGUUCGGACUCGGAUUCGAGUGAAGAGGGUGCUGUGGGAUUGGUGAAGAAGCCUGUGGGUGUUGCCGGUAGUGGUGUUAAGUCAGGUAUGGGUGUUGUCCCUCAAGUUAGUGCUCAGUCUGUGCAGAAGAAGAAGGUGGCAGCCGCCUCGUCGAGCUCGGACUCUGAUUCUAGUGAUGACGAGCAGCCAGCGAGUAAGAAGCCUGCGUUGGUGAAAGCGUCUCCGUCUGUGGGUAAGCCUGUUGCCGGUGUGGUUGUUGGUGGUAAGAAGGCUGUUGGGAAGCCGGCGUCGUCGAGUUCGGACUCGGAUUCGAGUGAAGAGGGUGCUGUGGGAUUGGUGAAGAAGCCUGUGGGUGUUGCCGGUAGUGGUGUUAAGUCAGGUAUGGGUGUUGUCCCUCAAGUUAGUGCUCAGUCUGUGCAGAAGAAGAAGGUGGCAGCCGCCUCGUCGAGCUCGGACUCUGAUUCUAGUGAUGACGAGCAGCCAGCGAGUAAGAAGCCUGCGUUGGUGAAAGCGUCUCCGUCUGUGGGUAAGCCUGUUGCCGGUGUGGUUGUUGGUGGUAAGAAGGCUGUUGGGAAGCCGGCGUCGUCGAGUUCGGACUCGGAUUCGAGUGAAGAGGGUGCUGUGGGAUUGGUGAAGAAGCCUGUGGGUGUUGCCGGUAGUGGUGUUAAGUCAGGUAUGGGUGUUGUCCCUCAAGUUAGUGCUCAGUCUGUGCAGAAGAAGAAGGUGGCAGCCGCUUCGUCGAGCUCGGACUCUGAUUCUAGUGAUGACGAGCAGCCAGGGAGUAAGAAGCCUGCGUUGGUGAAAGCGUCUCCGUCUGUGGGUAAGCCUGUUGCCGGUGUGGUUGUUGGUGGUAAGAAGGCUGUUGGGAAGCCGGCGUCGUCGAGUUCGGACUCGGAUUCGAGUGAAGAGGGUGCUGUGGGAUUGGUGAAGAAGCCUGUGGGUGUUGCCGGUAGUGGUGUUAAGUCAGGUAUGGGUGUUGUCCCUCAAGUUAGUGCUCAGUCUGUGCAGAAGAAGAAGGUGGCAGCCGCCUCGUCGAGCUCGGACUCUGAUUCUAGUGAUGACGAGCAGCCAGCGAGUAAGAAGCCUGCGUUGGUGAAAGCGUCUCCGUCUGUGGGUAAGCCUGUUGCCGGUGUGGUUGUUGGUGGUAAGAAGGCUGUUGGGAAGCCGGCGUCGUCGAGUUCGGACUCGGAUUCGAGUGAAGAGGGUGCUGUGGGAUUGGUGAAGAAGCCUGUGGGUGUUGCCGGUAGUGGUGUUAAGUCAGGCAUGGGUGUUGUCCCUCAAGUUAGUGCUCAGUCUGUGCAGAAGAAGAAGGUGGCAGCCGCUUCGUCGAGCUCGGACUCUGAUUCUAGUGAUGACGAGCAGCCAGGGAGUAAGAAGCCUGCGUUGGUGAAAGCGUCUCCGUCUGUGUGUAAGCCUGUUGCCGGUGUGGUUGUUUGUGGUAAGAAGGCUGUUGGGAAGCCGGCGUCGUCGAGUUCGGACUCGGAUUCGAGUGAAGAGGGUGCUGCAGGAUCGGCGAAGAAGGCUCUUGAUGUUGGUGUAUGUAAUAUUGUUGAUGUUGUACCACCGCGUCCUCAAUCUUUUGUGAAUGGUGUCAAUUCACGGAAACGUCGGUUUUCUUUCGUUGCCUCUGGUUCUGUCAAUCGUCUUUCAGUGGAUUCUGUGGUGAACCGUUCUUCGUCAUCAGCUUCUCUUAAUGGUGACGGCGUAAUGUGUGAAACUUCGGUUCGUAAUUCUUCUUCUGUAUCUAACGGACCGUUCCGUCGUGUUGAAGAAAAUGAGGUUUUCGUGCAUCCGAAUUUAAGGGACAAUUCUUUCGAGGCUAAGCGGAACGCACGAGGAUCGUGGGGUGAGAAAGCAAAUCGCGAUUUCAAGUUUACCAGUGGAAAAGUGUUCAAACAAGAGAAAACAAAGAAGAAAAGAGGUUCUUACAGUGGAGGUUCACUUUCCCUAGAUUCUUGUUCUUUUAAAUUUGAUGAAUAAACAGCUCUUUACUCUUGAUUUUUUGUACAUAUAUUUCCACGUAUUUUGUAAAUAAAAAAACUGGUU